AUGCUUAUUUCACGCAGAUUCAUCAUAAAUACACUCCCCGAGGACGGUGUUCGUCAGCAGACACUCCCCGAGGACGGUGUUCGUCAGCAGACACUCCCCGAGGACGGUGUUCGUCAGCAGACACUCCCCGAGGACGGUGUUCGUCAGCAGACACUCCCCGAGGACGGUGUUCGUCAGCAGACACUCCCCGAGGACGGUGUUCGUCAGCAGACACUCCCCGAGGACGGUGUUCGUCAGCAGACACUCCCCGAGGACGGUGUUCGUCAGCAGACACUCCCCGAGGACGGUGUUCGUCAGCAGACACUCCCCGAGGACGGUGUUCGUCAGCAGACACUCCCCGAGGACGGUGUUCGUCAGCAGACACUCCCCGAGGACGGUGUUCGUCAGCAGACACUCCCCGAGGACGGUGUUCGUCAGCAGACACUCCCCGAGGACGGUGUUCGUCAGCAGACACUCCCCGAGGACGGUGUUCGUCAGCAGACACUCCCCGAGGACGGUGUUCGUCAGCAGACACUCCCCGAGGACGGUGUUCGUCAGCAGACACUCCCCGAGGACGGUGUUCGUCAGCAGACACUCCCCGAGGACGGUGUUCGUCAGCAGACACUCCCCGAGGACGGUGUUCGUCAGCAGACACUCCCCGAGGACGGUGUUCGUCAGCAGACACUCCCCGAGGACGGUGUUCGUCAGCAGACACUCCCCGAGGACGGUGUUCGUCAGCAGACACUCCCCGAGGACGGUGUUCGUCAGCAGACACUCCCCGAGGACGGUGUUCGUCAGCAGACACUCCCCGAGGACGGUGUUCGUCAGCAGACACUCCCCGAGGACGGUGUUCGUCAGCAGACACUCCCCGAGGACGGUGUUCGUCAGCAGACACUCCCCGAGGACGGUGUUCGUCAGCAGACACUCCCCGAGGACGGUGUUCGUCAGCAGACACUCCCCGAGGACGGUGUUCGUCAGCAGACACUCCCCGAGGACGGUGUUCGUCAGCAGACACUCCCCGAGGACGGUGUUCGUCAGCAGACACUCCCCGAGGACGGUGUUCGUCAGCAGACACUCCCCGAGGACGGUGUUCGUCAGCAGACACUCCCCGAGGACGGUGUUCGUCAGCAGACACUCCCCGAGGACGGUGUUCGUCAGCAGACACUCCCCGAGGACGGUGUUCGUCAGCAGACGCUAGCAGCCAAGUGA